UUCUAGAAUUACACUUUUAAUACAUAAGUAUAAGUAAAAUAAUUAACAUUUACAUAGGUAUGGAAUUAGUACUACCCAUGUAUAAUGCACACCCUUAUUCCUCAAAAAUUUGGGCAAAAAAGUGCGUGUUUCAUGUGGCAAAAUAUGGUACUUUAUACUAAUACUCAGUAAUCAUGAAGUGGCCUUAUGUGGUAGAAUGACAGUUGCUGAAGCAUGACUAAAAUCCUGCAUGGAGCAUCACAAUUUGGGAAGGGCAUCAGGAUUUAUGCACUAGGCUUUGCAUUAUGUGUUAAGACCCCUUUGCAGUCUGGGUUUUGUUUGUGACAUGAAACAAAUAGAGAAGUUGCACCUUUUAAAUCUAUAAUCAUUCUUAUGUAAGAUGUAUUUGGAUCAUGGAGUUUUGAGGCAGACAUUAAAACCAGAGAAACCUCCGACUAUAUGUCUUGCUUCUUGUCUACACUCCCUUAGUUAAUCUCAAAUGCUGCUAAUCUGAAGAUGCUUUACAUAAUUAAAGCACUCCGAGCUACUUGCAACACCUCAGUUUCUUUCUGACCUACAGUAUGUUACUGCAUUCCAAAGCAAACCAUCUUCUGUAGCUCCGCUUCUCAUGUCAUGUUGAAGUGAAAAUAGGGAGUCUUGAGAGAACUGGAUUUAAAUCAUAGCUUUUCAUAUCUCAGUGACAUUAGAAAAUUUAUUUAACUUCUUCGAGCCUCAAAUUUUCUUGUGAAGUUUGAGUAAAACAACUUCUAUAGUUUUAUCAGCUUAUUUUAGUUAUAUCUUCCAUUCAAGGCACUGCUGUCUCACAGAACUUUCUGUGAUGGAAAUGUUCUAUAUUUGUAAUGUUCAAUAUGGUAGCCAUUAGCCAAAUGUGGAUAUUAAACAAUUAAAAAAUGGCUGUGACCGAAGAAUUUUUAUAAACUUAAAAAAAAGAUUUUAUUUAAUUAUUUUUAGAGAGAGGAGAUGGGAGGGAAAAAGAGGGAGAGAAACAUGAAUGUGUGGUUGUCUCUCGUGCACCCCCUACUGUAGACCUGGCCUGCAACCCAGGCAUGUGCACUGACUGGGAACUGAACUGGCAAUCCUGUGGUUCACAGCCUGGCACUCAAUCCACUGAACCACACCAGCCAUGGCAAGAAUUUUAUUUUUAACUGAAUUUUAAUUUACAUGGCUGUGUGUGGUAUAACCUACUGGACAGUGCAAUUGUAAAAAAUGAGAAGUAAGUGAUAAUAAAAUUAGUUUCAGGUGUACAACAUGAUUCAAUAUUUGUAUAUAUUGCAAAAUGAUCAUCUCAGUAAAUCUUGUUUAGAUCUAUCACUACACCUAGUUAAUACAUUUUUUUUUCUUGUGAUGAGAACUUUUAAAAUCUACUCUCAGCAACUUUCAAAUAUACAGUACGGUAUUAUAAGUGCAAUUUUAAGGCUCACUUAACACAUACAUUUUUCUUCGUGCAGUCUUCCUUGCCCAGUGAUUCUUUCCUGACAGUACUUGGUUUCUCCACCACUUAUUUGGUACUUACCAUGGACAUUAAUUUUCAUGAGUCCUGUGUUUCCAACUAGAUUAUAUUUGUGGUUAUGAAGUUUUAUUUAUUUAUUUAUAAAGAGAAGGGAAGGGAGGGAGAGAGGAAACAUUGAUUCGUUCCCUGUCCAUCAGGGACCUGGCCUGCAGCCCAGGCCUAUGCCUUGACCUUAAUUGAACCAAAGUUCACAGGACGAUGCCCAACCCACUGAGCCAUACCAGUCAGGGUGAGGUUCUGAAGUUUUUUGUCUCCACAAUGUUGUGUGAAAGGGACAUGAUAGAAAAUGUAAUGCAAUAAUUUUAGUAAGUUUUAAAUGAUCAUUAAGUGUAAGAGAAAAAAAAUCUAGUUAAUAAUUGGGUGAAGAAUAGGGAACAAUCUGAAGGUGGCCUGCUAUGAUGAAUUUUGGGCCCAGUCUGUUUCACUUUCAAGUUCAGAUAACACUCAAGCUCUGGAAGAGAAAAUUAAAAUUUCUUAUAUUGUCAUUUUGUGGCCAGCUUGGGCUGCAAGUGAUGUGAAUUCAAUUUUGCUAUGUCAAGGGAAGGUUUUCUUUAGUUAAUUGUAAGGGUAAGUUCACCAAUAAUAAAGUUUAAAUAUAAUGAAUUUUUGGCUCAAAUGAAAUUGAAACAUCAUUUGAAAACACUAAUUAUUUUGGAUUAUUUUUUCAUUUGUCUGAAUCUUAGCUUCUCCCUUCCAACCCCCCCCCCCACCCCACACACACACUUUUGAAAGGAUUUUUGUGAAUUUGAUGACUGGUUACAUGUGUUCUACAGUCACAAACGUGUAGAGUUGACAGGCUGGCAGUAACCUAUGCCACUGAUGCCUCAACUCCCUGCAUUUGUUCCCAUGGCUGCCUAGCUCUGUAGCCAGCAAAUGACCUUUUCCCUUUGCAUACUCUUGUGCAAUUGUUGACUGUUACAACCUUUCAGAAGUUGGGUAGAAUUAUUGUACAGUUUUGCCCAAACUUUUAAAUUUCUAGCAAAAGCUGAGCUUGUGUAGAGGUUCUGGCCUAAUCUAAUACUGACUUCGGUCAUUUGAUGACAUUUGGCAAAUAGAUGUGACCAUUUAUUUACAUUACUAAAUGGAAGUUCAGAUAAAGAAUGAACAAUUUUCCUUGAGGCUGUAUGGGUGUGGAGUAGGCUGGUAUGCAUUCAAGUCUUGUAAUCAUAACCUUUAUGUAUUUUUUAAUUUUUUAUUUUGCACAGAUGAGGCUAGGUAGUUGAUAGAUCCUACAGUUUGACUCUCUUCCUAGAUACACUAGAAGAUGGAUUCAUCUGAUACCAGAGAAAUGAAAUUUCAGGAGGCCAGAAGUUUUUUUCUAGAAACUUCUUUCCCAGCCUUGAAACACUUGGGUGCUGUAAGUCCUGGAUAUACGACAGAUGCCCACUGCAUUCUUCUUUUAUGUAUGAAGAUGAAGAUGAUUCUUCAAAUUAAGAGGGAAGCUGACUUUUUUCAUCAGAAUCAUUUACAGAUUGCAACUUGCAAUCAACUUGCAAAAAAUAUAACAGGCUGCAAACAAAGGAAAAAGAUUCGUUUCGGAAUCUAGGACCUCAAUAUCUAUUAUGUCUUUGUGUGAAGACAUGCUGCUUUGUAAUUACCGAAAAUGUCGCAUCAAACUCUCUGGUUAUGCAUGGGUCACUGCCUGCUCUCACAUUUUCUGUGAUCAGCAUGGCAGUGGCGAGUUUAGUCGUUCACCAGCUAUCUGCCCUGCCUGCAACAGUACUCUUUCUGGAAAGCUAGAUAUUGUCCGCACGGAACUCAGUCCUUCAGAGGAAUAUAAAGCCAUGGUACUGGCUGGUCUUCGACCUGAGAUUGUGUUGGACAUUAGCUCCCGAGCACUGGCCUUCUGGACAUACCAGGUACAUCAGGAGCGUCUCUAUCAAGAAUACAAAUUCAGCAAGGCUGAGGGCCAUCUGAAGCAGAUCGAGAAGAUAUAUACUCAGCAAAUACAGAGCAAGGAUGUAGAAUUGACCUCUAUGAAAGGAGAAGUCACCUCUAUGAAGAAAGUGCUAGAAGAAUAUAAGAAAAAGUUCAGUGACAUCUCUGAGAAACUUAUGGAGCGAAAUCGUCAGUAUCAAAAGCUCCAAGGCCUCUAUGAUAGCCUUAGGCUACGAAACAUCACUAUUACUAACCAGGAAGGUACCCUUGAGCCAUCCAUGAUUUCACAGUCUGGUAUUUUUGGCUUCCCAUUAGGGAACAAAUCCAAGUUUCCUUUGGACAGUACACCAGUUCAAAAUCGUGGUGGUGGAGAUGGAGAUUUUCAGUUCAGACCAUUUUUUGUGGGUUCUCCCACAGCACCUGAACCCAGCAACACCUUUUUUAGUUUUGCAUCCCCAAGUCAUGAAUUAGAGCAGCAGCAAGUCUCUAGCAGGGCCUUUAAAGUAAAAAGAAUUUAAUUCACAUUCCAGAUUAUUUCCCUGUUUAGUUUCAGUGACUUCAUUUAGUAAAUAAUCUUUUAGAUAGGAGUCACCAACUCUGUGUGCUAUCAAGUCUUUGAAGUUGUUUUCACAUUUUUAAGAAACUCAAUGGCACUGAGAAUGGCUUUACAGUCUGAUUUCUUCUGUUUCCAUUAUUUAAGAGCAUGAGCAUUUUAUUAAACUUAAUUUCAUUGUGAGUUGUUGAAUUUUUACUAGUAGUGGGAAGGUCACAAUAUUAUUGGGUGUUUUGUAGAUCACGAUAUGUUUCUGUCUGAGCUAUUUCAGACUGAGCUAUAUGUUUAUGCAUAUGCGUAAAAGCAACUAUAUUAUGUACUAUAUGUCACUUUGGGUUUUGGCAUUUAUGCCUAUAUAUAUAUUCAUUUAUGUUGAUAUUUUGCUAUGUUUGCCAAUGUAUUUAUGUGAAGCUUUUGGCCUCAGGAAAUGGUAAGGUGUGUCUGCAGUUUGUUACUUGCAUUUAUACAUUUAUUUCUACAUGUUUAUGUAUUUGCCCUUGUAUUAACUUGUUUGGAGUUUUUGUGCUUAUGUCAGUGAAUGAGAGUAUAAUUUGAUGUACAAAUUUGAUAA